AUGAAAGACUUUGAGUACAAUGUCCAGACAAACCGGGUUGUCUUUGCUUCCGGCAGUAUCAGAAAACUCCCAGCCGAGAUCAAGCGCCUUCAGGUUUCCCGACCACUCCUCCUUUGUACGCCUGGGAAGAGCCACCUCGCAGAUCAACUGUCUGCUAUCAUCAAAGAUGCUUCUAUAGAUGUUGCUGGUAUCUUUCCCUACGCGACAGCACACACCCCAACAUCGGUAACAGAGCAAGGAACUGUCUUUCUGGGCUCUGUAUCAGCAGACUGCGUUGUUUCUAUCGGCGGAGGAUCGGUAAUUGGACUCGGAAAGGCCAUCUCUAUCCGUUCAGGUGUACCUCACAUCUGCAUUCCAACGACUUAUUCGGGCUCGGAAAUGACUCCCAUUCUCGGCGAAACGCAAGACGGCCUCAAAACUACUCGAUCUGACCCUAAGAUCCUGCCUGCUGUAGUCAUCUACGAUGUGGACUUCACCUUAACCUUACCACCUAUAAUCUGCAGUACAUCCGGAAUCAACGCAAUCGCCCACGCAAUUGAGGCACUCUACGCCCCAAAUGCCAACCCAAUCAAUUCUAUACUUGCCCUUGAAGGCAUAAAAUCAUUGGCUGAAGCUCUGCCUCAAAUUGUCGAAAACCCCAACUCUAAGGCUCCUCGAGAUCAGGCUCUAUAUGGUGCAUGGCUUUGUGGCACAGUCCUAGGCAACUCAUCAAUGGGACUCCAUCAUAAAAUCUGCCAUGUGCUCGGUGGAUCGUGUGGACUUCCUCAUGCUGAAACGCACACUGUUAUGCUUCCCCAUUCCUUGUCUUACAAUGCACCCUGUAUCCCUGAACAGAUGGCCAAACUAGCCGCUGUUCUCCCUGGAAGCGACGGGGAUGCGCUGAAAGGAUUAGACUUACUACUGGGAAAGCUGCCAGUACCCCACGGAUUAAAGGAGUUGGGAAUGAAAGAAAGUGACAUUGAGAGAGCAGCUCAGAUAGCCACAAGUAACCAAUACCCCAAUCCGCGACCUUUGGAGUUCAAAUGGGUUUUUGAACUACUGCGGCGAGCUUGGGCUGGGGAGCCUGGAAAAUCAAAUCUACAGUAA